AUGGCCGAAGUAGUCCUCUAUGUUUAUGACAUGAACAAAAGUGGUGGGCACGACGCUCACAACUUAGCCGUAGCCCAAAUGAACAAUCUCCUCAAAGAUGGCAUCAAUUUCGGUGGCCUCUUCCACACCGCCGUCCAAAUUUACGGCAACGACGAAUGGGCUUACGGCCACACCAACAAAGGCAGCGGCGUUUUCAGUUGCCCCGUUGGUAAAAACCCUAGCUACACCAUUCGCGAGAAAAUUAUACUUGGCAGAACAGAGUAUUCCUCUUCAAAAGUCAACAAAAUUUUAAAGGAGCUCAGCGACUCGUGGCCUGGCAACAAGUACAACUUCGUGUCGAGAAACUCGAAGCAUUUCAGCAACGAGUUGUUAGAAAGACUUGGGGUACCUAAGCUCCCCGGUUGGACGAAGCAUUAA